CUGUUUCCUGCUGCGCCAGCCUCGCGCUACCCGGGGCCGCUGAAUCACAUGAUAUAACUACGCUGGCUAGCGAGCUAACAUGCUAGCUCCGGUUGUCAAAACCGCUGUCAGCUGCAGCCACAAACGGACGGAGUAGCAUACGCCAACCGACAAGUAGUCGCAAACUCGUCAAGUUCCUGGCAAGGACUCUCCUUCUUUCCUACUCACUGUCUUCAAGAUACCGCGUCAUUAAACUUCUGCCCAAUAAGUCACUGGGGUUUUGGCAUCCUCAAGGCUCAUCAGCCAAGCCAGUCCUCCAUCAGCGCAGGGAUAUCGAUAAGACUGUGGUUGUGGACUCACAUGGGCAGGAUGCAUAGACGAUAAACAUAUCAACUUCAGAGGUACACGUUGAUUUCGUAAUGACAAGCUGCUGUGCAGAAGAUGUCCACGCUGUCUGUGACUGAUAUCCCAGAUGUUGGUCAUGAUGAGAGUAAGGUGUUUGACGGGGCCUCUGAGCUGCAGCUGGACUGCAUGGUUGAGGAGAGCAGUGGAAGCACCACAAUGAAGCACGAUGGCCUGCUGUCGCUGGCUGACCUCUCCCAGCCAGAUGACUUCCCCGUCCCCCCCCAUAAUGGCCCUUCACUAACUGACAUGAGCAGCCCUCUGCCGGUAGAGCCGAGCGACAUUAAGUUGGAUCCAUCUGCAGGUGACACAUCUGCCAGCAUAGAUGGCCAGCCAGUGAAGAGAAAGAAGGGGCCUGCGCCAAAGAUGCUCGGCAAUGAGGUGUGCAGCGUAUGUGGUGACAAGGCCUCUGGUUUCCAUUACAACGUGUUGAGCUGUGAGGGCUGCAAGGGCUUCUUUCGGCGCAGCGUCAUUAAAAGUGCCCAGUACAACUGCAAAAACAACGGCCGCUGUGAAAUGGACAUGUACAUGCGGCGCAAGUGCCAGCAGUGCCGCCUGCGCAAGUGUCGGGAGGCGGGCAUGCUGGAGCAGUGUGUGCUCUCUGAGGAGCAAAUCAGACUGAAGAAGAUGAAGAAGCAGCAGGAGGAGGAAACAGCCCGCACGUCCACAGUGGUCACCCCCACCCCUCCGCAGGAAACAGCCGCGCUCGAUCCACAGCAGCAGGAGAUGAUUGAGAAGCUGGUGGCCAUGCAGAAGCAAUGCAACAAAAGGUCUUUCCUUGACCGACCGAAAGUGACACCGUGGCCACAGAGUCAGGAUCUGCAGAACCGAGAAGUGCGUCAGCAGCGGUUCGCCCACUUCACUGAGCUAGCAAUCAUGUCAGUCCAGGAGAUUGUGGAUUUUGCUAAGCAGCUUCCUGGUUUCCUGGAGCUCACGAGGGAAGACCAGAUCGCUCUACUGAAGACAUCAACCAUUGAGAUUAUGCUGCUUGAGACAUCACGGCGGUACAACCCUGCUAUCGACAGCAUUACAUUUCUGAAGGAUUUCAGCUACAAUAAGGAGGAUUUUGCCAAAGCAGGGCUUCAGUUUGAGUUCAUUAACCCCAUCUUUGAGUUUUCUAAAGGAAUGAACGACCUGCAUCUGGAUGAGGCAGAAUAUGCGCUGCUUAUUGCUAUCAACAUCUUUUCUGCAGAUCGCCCGAAUGUGCAGGAUCACGAUCUGGUGGAGAGGCUGCAGCAGCCCUAUGUGGACGCACUGCGCUCUUACAUCAUGAUAAAGAGACCAAAUGAUCAUUUGAUGUUUCCCCGUAUGCUGAUGAAGUUGGUGAGCCUCCGCACACUAAGCAGCGUCCACUCGGAGCAGGUUUUCGCCCUUCGCCUCCAGGACAAGAAGCUGCCCCCGCUGCUCUCUGAAAUUUGGGAUGUGAACGAGUGACUGCAGACCCCAAUGUCACACUCUUUUUGAAGCUUGAGACAGACAUGGCAUCCAGCAGGAACACUGACUCAUUUCUGGCCAUCUGGUCAGGGAUUAGUGAGAUUUUCGUCUCGUGUGGGAGGAGAGCAUCGUCGCCCUUUGCUCUCAGACAGACUGCUAAACGGUUCUGUGUUCGAACGGAGAAACAUGAACACCUAGUUGUCUUUGAGCCUUUUGUUGUUCUUAAUUUUGUGUAGAUGCUGACAUGGUUGUGGCGAUAUUAAAAAACCAGCAUCAGGCUCUGUAGCCAGUUUUCUUUGAUUUAAUAUUUGUUGAAAGUUAUGUCAAUUUCUAGUGCAGUUCUAUAGUCAUCCUCUAACAAUUAUAAUCUGAGCAGGUCUUAGCUGUGGCUGCCUCAAACGUCAGGAUUACAGUUGCACAUUCAGUUGAAAUAGUGAUUAUUUUCGCAGUCGUGCAAUAGGUGGAAACGGAUACAGAGUUAAGCAUGAGCAGACGCAUAUCUGCUGUUCACUUUAUUGAUGUUAGGGUUAAAUGGUAGGCCAUCUGGUUGGUAUUGUGCGUUGUGAUAUGGCAACAAAUACUUGGUGUUCCUUUUGGAGAAAGUGCAGAAAUCAAAAGGUCGGUGUAGUCGCUCAGGUAAAGUAAUGUGAAGUAGACCUCUAGAAACUGGAGGCUUCUUUAAUUUCCAUUAGAUUAGUUUUCUUCCAAGUGCAUAAGGGACCCUUUUGGUCAUUUCUAGAUGCCCAUUAACUUUCAUGUAAAAUUUUAUAUUUAUUUUCACAAGACAAAUGUAUAGCGUGCACACAUGAAAAGUAUCCACAAGAUUGUACAAUCACAUACUAACGCACAUGAAAGUAGAACUGCAGACUGUGCCCUCGUUAACAGGAAAUGGUGAUGUGACUAAAUCUUUUUUUAUUAUUAUUAUUUUUUUUUUUUUUUACACAGAGCACUGGUACCUUGAGAUAGGUGGUACUAAUGUCCACAAAUUCCAUGUAAAGAUUAAAUGUUGGUUAAAAAAGGAAGUCAAGCAACCAUCUGUGUGACCCUCCUUCCAAAUAAAUGAAAAUCCAUCCUGA